UCCCCAUUUUCAGCAUUUCUCCCGUAAAAAUUAAUUAACAUAGAAAAGAAACAAAGAUUAGAAACUGAUUUUGCUGGAACUUGGUUGAUUACCCAUCGCCUUGUUUUCUGUUCUUGUCUCGUCAAAUUUGAAUAGACUUCAAAAAAUCAGGAACAUUGAAGGGUAUGGGAGAUGAAGGUGGGAGGCGGAGGGUGGCGAUGUGUCGUCGCCGACCAACAAGGUCAAGUUUUUGUGCAGCCACGGCGGGAAGAUUCUGCCGAGACCCGCCGACGGACAUCUCAAGUACGUGGGCGGCGAGACCCGCGUUAUCUCCAUCUCUCGCGACGCUACCUUCUCCGAUUUAAUGAAGAAGCUGACGACUACCCAGAUCGAUGCGGACAUGGUCCUCAAGUAUCAGGUAGCAUCCGAGGAUCUCGACGCGCUCGUGUCGGUGAGAUCGGACGAAGAUCUCAAGCACAUGCUCGAUGAGUACGACCGUCACGAGAGCAGCGGAAACCCGAGGCUCCGCGCCUUCCUCUUCCCCGCCAAUCCGACUGUGAUCGAAAGCCAGACGGCUUUCGUGGAGCCGCAAGCGCAGGAGCAGCGCUACAUCGACGCCAUCAAUGGCAUCUUCCGGACGGUGCCCAAUGUGAAGAUCACCCCACUUCACGGGAACCGCACCACGUUCAGCAUAUCCUCCGCCUGCUCCUCGCCGAAAUCACCGUCCCCAGACAGCUGCCGCUCGAUCGACGGCGGCACGGCCCACGAGACUAUCACGUUUAACGGACAACACCACGGGAGGCGGCUCCCGAUGAGCAGGGUGCACAGCUCACCUAGCCUGUGCAGCCUCGGGAACAAUGCCCCGCCGAACAACAGCCUCGGCAACCGCCAAUGCGUUCACCAGCACCACCAUUAUCACUACCCGAACUACCACAAGCAACCCCAUCCCGGCUGCUACCACACUACGAGACCGCCUCAAGACCCCCACAAAGGGAUCGGGAGUGAGCGGCUCCAGCCGGCUUUGUCGAUGGGGAGGGCCGAGAUUGGUAGGAGCUAUCUGAGGCAGGGAUUGAACCCGCAUCACGGGUCACAUAGGCAUCACGGGGCCAGCGGCGGAGGUCACAACAACUGCGGCUACUACGACGAGUGUGCGGGUUACGCAAGCGCAAGGUUCGAGCGGGCAGAUAGUCUUCCACCUAGUCCGAGGAGGGCCUACUGGGACGGAUCCUACUAUAAAGGGGACCUGCCGAAUUGACGACGCGAUCGGGACUACCGCAUUUGCAUUUGGCAUGACUGAAAAUACUGUACAGAAAACUAUGAAUCAUCACUCUU